AGGGGGAGGGAGAGGGAGGAGGAGGGAUGUGAGGAGAAGAUAAAUCUGCAUUCUGCCACUGCCUCUGGUCAGAGACAGUUGGAGCUACAGAGUGCACUCAAGGAGAAGCAGCAUCACUGGCGGGAGACACAGCAUCGUAGAUUUAAAAACACACACACACACACACACACACACACACACACAUCUAGCUACAAAAAGCCUGCAGACUGAUAUUUGAGAUUGCAAGAGCAGGGGAAAGAAGGAAGGACUCGACAAAGACCAUCUGCGAGCAGCUAUGCGGCCGCGGUCCAGACUGCCGUCCAAGAGACGACUCCUGCUGCCCACAAUCAGAGAGGGCACUGAGGAGACAGUGAGGGAUCUGAAUGAGGCCAACACACUUCAUCACAUCACUGGCCACAGCCAGCCUGUCUCCUCAGAGGACUACCUCCUCUCCAUCUGCCACCUGGCCCACCCCACCUUCCCCACCAGAGAAGUCUCCCCUGACAACGUCCACGCUCGGCAGCUGGACGCCGGGCACCAGAGGCUGAGGCUGUCACGGCAAACUGGGACUACGCCGACCGCUGCCUUUGAAUUCAGCCCCACAGAGGAGGCACAGGCCGCUGAUGCACAGCGGGAGGAGGAGAAAGAACUGAGUGGCAAGCUGAUGUUUGGCAACUCUGACCCUCUGGAGUAUCUUUAUGGUUAUGGACACCAGAACAACCUCUCAGGGGGUGCGAGGAAGGUGUUCAUCGAGGGAAGGUUUGUGAGGCAACGUGGGAGCGUGCGGGAGGGCCUGGCUCGCUCCAGAGCACACAGCAUCCCUCGUGCUUCAAGUCCAGACCUACCACGCCAGCGCAAGAGCAGCUGCCCUGAGUUACACACUAGCACUAACACUUCAACCCCGAAUAUCUCCCCAAACUGUUUGUCCAGGUUGGAGGCCAGGGGAGGUAGCCCCGCAGUGAGAGGAGCAGAGUGGGAGAGACAGAAUCCAACAGUCAAACAAUCCCUCAUCUCCCAGUGGAUCUCUGACUGCAAGUUGGCGUGGAGGGAGGCACGUGUACGAGCCUGUAUGUUGCCCGCCAUCGCUGAGAUAUAGGGUGCAAAUGGACAGAAACUGUGAAUUAAGACAUUCCUUAAUAAAGUAUCCUGGUCUUUCUCUGUCAGUGCAUGAGACAUUGGCAUUAGGAGAUAUAUAGACAUGUAUUAUGCAGAUAUAUAACAGCUAUACAAUCUAAUACACAUUGAAAACACACAGAGGCAAAUAAAUAUUGUCAUGAUUAUCAAUCUGUAAUGUUAUAUUAAUGUCGUUAUUUACUAUUGCAACCCCCCUUCUCUUGAUGUAUGCUGGUGAUCAUACAAAAUCAUAGAAAUGGACAAAUCUGCAAAAUCCUUUUAUACCUCUCUGUGUUUUGUGAACCAUGUAUGAAUAAAUAAAAACAACCUUUUGAUACUCUCGACCAAA